AUGGCAAUUGCUGCCGGUCUCUAUUAUUUGGCUGAAGUAGUGGAGGAGUACACGGUAAUGGCGAAAUACAUAAUUUCUUGGAUGAUUAUUGUGACUUCAGCUAUCCACGUGGGUCUGAUAAUAUUCGAGGACAUUCCCCUCCACCUGAACAUACUGGGACUGAUACAGCAGCUCCUCCAUGGGUCGCUGAUCCGUGACUUCCCUGUAGUCAAAGUGACAAGUGUAACUUUUAUUUUGGCCGUAGCCAACCUGGUGCUGCACCAUUAUAUGGCGUUUAUGUACUUUGGAAAUGUGUACUAUAGUUUUUCGGAAGUGCUGGCGUACUUCACGCUGUGCUUGUGGGUGGUGCCAUUUGCACUGUUUGUAUCCCUGUCAGCCAACGACUACGUGCUGCCCACAACGGGAGAGAAGCAACCGCUGCUGGGCGAUAACAAUGUUGUUACAGAUUAUUUAUCACGUAAAGGAAAACCAUACAGCCUUCUAUCCUUCUUCAGCUUCGCAAAAGACUCGAUACUUCCGCAGAGAAGAGUGGAUAUGGAUGGAAUAUUUUCAUUUAUAAAAGAUAAUGUUUUAGACAUGGGAGUUUUUUCACGUAAAUCUUCAUUUUCAGAUUUGUCAGUUGUGGUCAGUCCGGAUAAGGUAGUUGGUGCAUUAAUUGAUGAUGACGACGUCGAUGACGAUGAUGUUGACAAUGACGAUGUCGAUGAUGAUGACAAUGACGGUGAUCAUGACGAAGACGAUGACGAUAACGAAAACGAUGACGAUGACGAUGAUGAUGACGAUGACGAUGACGAUGAUUACGACGAUGACGACAAUGACAAUGACGAUGUCGCUGACGACGACAAUGACGGUGACGAUGAUGAUGAAGAUGACGAUGACGAAGACGAUGAAGAUGAUGAUGACGAUGAUGACGAUGACGACGACAAUGUUGAUGAUCAUGACGAUGAUGAUGACGAUGAUGAAGAAGACGAUGAUGAUGAAUAUGACUAUGACGAUGAUGAUGACGAUGACGAAGACGGUGACGAUGAUGCUGAAAAUAAUGACGAUGACGAGGAUGAUGAUGAUGCCGUUGAUGAUUAUGAUGACGAUUACAAUGAUGAUGACGAUGUCGAUGACCAUGACGAUGAAAUUGACCUUGACGAUGUCGAUGACGAUGACGAUAAUGAUGACAAUGACGAUGAUGAUGACGAUGUCGAUGAUGGAGACGAAGACGGUGACGAAGACGAUGACGAUGACGAUGACGAUGAUGAUAACGAUGACGAUGACAAUGACGAUGAUGAUGACAAUGAUGAUGACAAUGACGUUGUCGAUGAUCAUGACGAUGACGAUGAUGAAGAUGACGAUGAUGAAUAUGACAAUGACGAUGAUGAUGACGAUGACGAAGACGAAGAGAGUGACGACGAUUCUGAAAAUAAUGACGAUGAUGAUGAUGAUGUCGUUGAUGAUGAUGAUGACGAUUACAAUUACGAUGACGAUGACGAAUAUGAUGAUGACGAAUAUGAUGAUGACGAUGACGAUGAUGAUAACGAUGAUGAUGAUGGAGACGAAGACGAUUACGAUGACAAAGACGAUGACGAUGACGAUGACGAUGAUGAUGACGAUGAUGAUGAUGGAGACGAAGACGAUUACGAUGACAAAGACGAUGACAAAGACGAUGACGAUGUUGAUGACGAUGACGAUGACGAUGACAAUGAUGAUGACGAGGAAGAUGAUGAUGACGAUGACGAUUAUGAUGAUUAUGAUGACGAUGAUGAUGACGAUGACGAUGAUGGAGACGAAGACGAUUACGAUGACGAUGACGACGACAAUGACGGUGACGAUGAUGAUUACGAUGACGACGACGAUGAUGAUGACGAUGAUGAUGAUGGAGACGAAGACGAUUACGAUGACAAAGACGAUGACAAAGACGAUGACGAUGUUGAUGACGAUGUUGAUGACGAUGACGAUGACGAUGAUGACGAUGACGAUGAUGAUGAUGAUGAAGAUUACGAUGACGAUGACGAUUAUGAUGAUUACGAUGACGAUGAUGAUGACGAUGAUGAUGAUGGAGACGAAGACGAUUACGAUGACGACGACAAUGACGGUGACGAUGAUGAUGAAGAUUACGAUGACGAUGACGAUGAUGAUGACGAUGAUGAUGAUGGAGACGAAGACGAUUACGAUGACAAAGACGAAGACGAUGACGAUGACGAUGACGACGACAAUGACGGUGACGAUGAUGAUGUAGAUUACGAUGACGAUUACGAAUAUGAUGAUGACGAUGAUGAUGAUGACAAUGACGAUGUCGACGAUGAUGACGAUGACGACGACGAUGAUGAUGAUGAUGAUGAUGACGACGAUGAUGAUGAUGGUGACGAUGACGAUAGUGAUGACAAUGACGAUGAUGGUGACAAUGACGAUGACGAUAAUGAUGACAAUGACGAUGAUGAUGAUGAGGACGAUGAUGACGAUGACGAUGAUGGAGACGAAGACGAUGACGAAGACGAUGACGAUAAUGAUGAUGAUGAUGAUGAUGAUGACGAUGACAAUGACGAUGAUCAUGAGUCAUGA